UGGAGUUGCACCUCAUUCUGCUAGAGUUGCAGCAAUUGUUUGUCCAAUUGCUAAUGUUAGCGAUGAUGAUUUUGUGAACCCUCCUCCCUGAUCAUUCGCAGGUACUUCCUCAUCUUCUAUACCUUAGUUCUCUCUACAUGAAAUGCAAGCCCAGUUGUCAAGAUUAGAAACAAGUCACAAAGUUCUUGUUUUUGAGGCCGCUUCUAUAAAGACAAGUGUUAAUGGAUUAAGUUCUCAUUUUGACUCAUCCAUUUCAAAGCUGCAUGAUCUUAUUCUUUCCCAUAUUUUGGAAAAAUAAGAACUUAUCAAUAUUUUUUUGAAAGUUUUUUUACAUUAUAUUAUUGUAUGUUGUCUUAUAUUUUUAUUGUUUAACUGAUUAUUUUUUUAUGGUGAAAGUUCUUAUGAUGAUAUUGAAAUAAGAACUAAGGCAACGCAUGGUGAAUCUUAUGUUGUUGAGUUGGGUUCUGAGAAAGUUGGUGAUAUGGAGGAAGAGGUUGACACUAAUUGUGUCAUUGAGGAAAAUUCUAACGAUGAAGAGGAUGAAAAUGAUGAUGAUGAAGAGAAUGAGGAUGAGGAUGACGAUGAGUCUGAUGAAGAAAAUUAUGGUUUUGAUCAUGAUGAUGAUCAAGAUGUAGAUGAUGAUUCUAGUGGAGAAGAUAAAAGUAGUAAAGAUAGAGAAAAAGAUGAAGAUCAUACUUAUAUUGCGUGCACUAGUGGAGCCAAAGAUGCUAGUAGUGGGCACAAUAAAGAAUAAAGAUGACAAUGUUGGUUAUUUUUCUGAUGAUGUUGAUAUUUCACAUCAGGUUGCACUUAAGAUUUUGGAGGUUGCAGAUUUUGCAACCGAGGUUGAAAAUGUUCUCAUAGUGGUUGCAGAGAUUGAUAAAGAGGUUGCAUCUCAGUUUCCCAUGGUUGUAGAAUUAGCAACAGAGGUUUCACCUCAUCUUCUAGAGGUUGCAGUAUCAGCGACAAAGGUUGUAGAAUCAGCAACAGAGGUUGCAUCCCAUUUUGUAUCUCAUAUUCCGAAGUUUGCAGAAUUAGGAACAGAUGUUGCACCUAAGCUUCCAGAGGUUGCACUUGAUCUUCUAGAGGUUGCAGAAUUAGCAAAGGUUGCAGAGGAUGUCAACGAGGUUGCACAGGUUGUUGGAACUAUUGCAUCCCAGUCUUUUUUUGAUAGUUUGUCUGACACAGUAUUGGAGGAGGCUUACAAAAAUGCUAUUAAUGUUGUAAAAGCAAUCAAGACCACAGAGGUAGUGUUUUUUUUUUGUUCAAACUAUAGAUUUUGUUUUUUCUUUCAAAUGUUUAAUUUUAUUUUGUUUUUGUUAGUGUAUUCUUAUUUUUUCUUCAUAGGAAUCUACUCCUCAUUGCACUGCUAUUUUUCCAUAUGUUGGUAGUGGUGGGAGUAACUUGGGAUAUGUUACUCCCAUUUUGCCAAGAACAAUCAAGCUCCCUUUCUACUUGCAAUCUCCAUUUGUGCAGAAUUUUUUUUACUUCUGGUCAAAGUAGUGAGGCAGCAUCUGGUGGAUAAAUUAAUAUUAUUAAAGGUUUCUGCCCAUUGGAUGAUAAAAUUGGAGAAUGGCCAAACUAUGAGCUAUCCCAAGAUUUCAAUAAAUGUCUUGAUUAUGGAAUGAUAACCAAGAACAAGUAAUAGUCUUCAAGUUAUUUAUUUUGUUUUAAUUUUACAUGUUUAUAAUUGUGUUUUUUUAGGGUCAAAAUAUAUUCAAAGAAAGGCAACCUCAUCAUCUCUGUUCUACAACUCGGUGUAGAUGUGAUACACCAAAAGACAUGGUAUUAUACCCUUCAAUAUAGUGAAAAAAUAUAUUCAAAACAGUAAGUGUUAAUGUGUAUUGUUGUUAUUUUUGGUUGAUUAUGAUUUUAAGUUUGUUUGUCUUAAUAUUUUGGGGUUGCAUUUGGUUGAUGUGUUAGGGUUGUGCUUGGUUUUAUUGUUAAGGUUGUUUUUAUACAUUAGGUUUGUUUUGUUGUUCUAAUUGUUAUAUUAUUGAUUUGUCUUGAUUUUAUUGUGCAACAUGUUGAUGUGUUUUUUUUAUUAUUUGAGGAAUAAGGCAAAGUACUGCGACAAUUGUACUAUCAAGUUUAUUACGACUGAUUCUCAUUUCAAGGCUAGAAUUAAUUCUAUCUACGAGACAUAUCUAGUUGAAAAUGUGAUUUUGCGGCCUUGAAUUGCAAUCAAUAUUUUGCAGAAGUUAUCAUGGGCUAUGCCUUGCCUUGCAACAUUUCUUAGUCUAUGGUUGAUCAUGUCUUAUUUCUUAUCUUGCUUAUGAAGGAAAAACAUUGGUUGUUGUCUAGAUUAUCAUUUAAAGAUAGGUCAAUGUAUGUAUAUAAUACAUUGACGUGUGAUAAUAAGGAUCACAUUGCUUUAAAAGCAGUAGAGUCAUUUCGUAUAUUGCUUCCUCAUUAUAUGUAUAUCACUGGAUUCUAUGAUCGAACAGACACAGACUUCUCAUCUGAGGCUUAUACCGGGAAGUCAACGAGCUCUGCUUUUGAUGUAGCGUUGGAUGAUGAUUUUUCAUGUAGGUUGUCUUGGUGAGUUUUAUGUUUUCUAUGUUUUUUUUUUAAAAAUUUCUCACAACUCUUUUUUCCUAUUUUGUUUUCAUAUUCUAACUUAUUUGGUCUAUCCUAUGUGUCUUUAUGCAGUGAUAUUGGCAUACAAAUGUUCUCAUUUGCUGAGUACUUUGUUCAAGAUAAGGAUAUUCCAACAUCUACUUUUGGAAUAAGUAUCGACAUCAAAACAUCCUUAUCUUGAACAAAGUACUCAGCGAAUGAGAACAUGUGUAUGCCACUAUCACUGCAUAAAGACACAUAGGAUAGACCACAAAUAAAUUAGAAUAUGAAAACAAAAUAGGAAAACAGAGUCAUGACAAAAAUGAAAAAAAAAACAUAGAAAACAUAAAACUCACCAAGACAACCCACACGAGAAAUCAUCAUCCAACAUUACAUCAAAAGCAAAGCUCGUUGACUUCCCAGCAUAAGCCUUAGAUGAAAAGUCUAAGUUUGGUCGGUCAUAGAAUCCAAUUAUAUACAUAUAAUGAGGAAGCAAUAUACGAAAUGACUCUACUACUUUUAAAGCAAUGUGAUCCUUGUUAUCACACGUCAAUGUAUUAUAUACAUACAUUGACUUAUCUUUAAAUGAUAAUCUAGACAACAACCAAUAUUUUUCCUUCAUAAGCAAGAUAAGAAAUAAGACAUGAUCAACCACAAACCAAGAAUGUUGCAAGGCAAAGCAUAGCCCAUGAUAACUUAUGCAACAUAUUGAUUGCAAUUCAAGGCCCCAAAAUCACCUUUCCAACUUAGAUAUGUCUUGUAGAUAGAAUUGAUUCUAGUCUUGAAAUGAGAAUCAGUUGUAAUAAACUUGAUAGUACAAUUGUCACAGUACUUUGCCUUAUUCAUCAAAUAAUAAAAAAACGCAUCAACAUGUUGCACAAUAAAAUCAAUAUUAUAGCAAUUAUAACAACAAAACAAAUCUAAUAUAUAAAAAACAACCUUAACAAUAAAACCAAGCACAACCCACAUCAACCAAAUGCAACCCCAAAAUAUUAAGACAUAAGCAAACUUAAAAUCAUAAUCAACCAAAAAUAACAGCAGUACACAUUAACACUUACUGCUUGGAAGAGAUUUUUUCUACUAUAUUGAAGGGUAUAGAACCAUGUCUUUUGGUGUAUCACAUCUACACCGAGUUGUAGACUAAGGAUGAUGAGGUUGUCUUUCUUUGAAUACAUUUUGACCCUAAAAAAACACAAUUAUAAACAUGUAAAAUUAAAACAAAAUAAAUAACUUGAAGACUCUUACUUGUUCUUGGUUAUCAUUCCAUAAUCAAGUAAUUUCUUGAAAUCUUGGGAUAGCUUAUAGUUUGGCAAUUCUCCAAUUUUUUCAUCCAAUGGGCAGAAACUUUUAAUAAUCUUAAUUUCUCCACCAGAUGUUGCCUCACUACUUUGACCAGAAGUAGAAUCAAAAUUCUGCACAAAUGGAGAUUGCAAGUAGAAAGGGAGCUUGAUUGCUCUUCUUGGCAAAAUGAGAGUAACAUAUCCCAAGUUACUCCCACCACUACCAACAUAUGGAACAAUAGCAGUGCAAUGAGGAAUAGAUUCCUAUGAAGAAAAAAAUAAGAACACAGUAAUAAA